CCUGUGUCUACACCAGGCACCAGCAGGCGCGGGGAGGAGUCGUCUUCUCCUUUAAAAGGCCCUCUGAAAAAUCUCCCCGUCUCCUCCCAGCGCGUCGCCGUUCCAUUCCAAGGAAAAGAUCGUCGCAGGAUGCAAUACGCCUCUCCAUUUGAGGUCGAGUUUUUUUUAAUCAUUUUGAGUUCUGUUCUCAGCAAAGUUUCGGUUUUUACCUCGACUUGAGACCAAGCUGGUGGGAAAAUUUGGAGCUCGUUUUAUUUUGCUCGCUUUGAGGCCGAUAGCGGGGCAAAAAUUGCGAGCUCUUGAUCGAAUCGGUGGUGCUUUGGGUUCAAUUCGAGAAUCAUUCAGCUCCCUGCACACGAGAGCUUCUCGCCGUGUGCGGGAUUGCUCGCCUGCAUAGAAGGCCAAUUGGUGGUUUCUGGCUCCAAUUAUUCGGUUCUUAUCUUGAAGGGCGGUGCAAAUCUGAGGUUUCUUCUCGAAUCGGUAAGGUGUGGGCAGCCACGUUCGCAAUGAAGGCUGCAAUUAUCCGCGCGAGAAGGCUCCCUCGCACGGAUUGGGAUUGGUGACGGCCCGGCGCUGAACUGGUGUGGAGUCCUGAAAGCUUCGAUCUUUGCCGCAGAAGAGCCGACCCUAUUGCCUGAAGAGCUCGGCCUUCACAUCCAUAGAUGGGGGCGGGAUCGAGCAUCCUGGCUGCGGACGGGGAGUGGGGGGAGACGUCCCUCGGCGAUAUGCCGGAGAGCUGCGUGGCGGCGGUGCUGCUCUACCUCGACCCGCCGGAGAUCUGCCAGGUGGCCCGCCUCAAUCGCGCCUUCCGCGGCGCCGCCUCCGCAGACUGCGUUUGGGCAGGCAAGCUCCCCGCCAACUACCGCUAUCUCGCGGCCCUCGCCGCGGCCGCCGAUGACGAGGGCCCUGGCGAUGGAGAUGCCAAUGGCAAGCGCUUCUCCCUUGCGGCUACCAAGGAGAUUUACGCGCGCCUGUGCCGACCCACCCUCUUUGAUGCGGGCAGAAAGGAAUUUUGGAUUCAGAAGAACAAGGGAAGUCUUUGCAUGUGUAUAUCAUCAAAGGCAAUGACUAUCACAGGUAUAGAUGAUCGGAGGUACUGGAGCCACCUUGUCACAGAGGAAUCAAGAUUCCAUAGUGUUGCCUAUCUUCAGCAAAUUUGGUGGCUUGAGGUGGAUGGGGAACUUGACUUCUGCUUUCCUGCUGGCUCCUAUAGCGUUUAUUUUCAUCUUCACAUGGGCCGACCCUAUAGGCGCAUGGGUCGUCGGCUUUGUGGAACCGAGCACGUGCAUGGGUGGGAUGUCACACCCACACGGUUCCAGCUCUCAGCCUGUGAUGAGCAGCAGGCGACAUCAGAAUAUUUCCUACAUGAACAAGGAGGCUGGAAGCUUUACCAUGUUGGUGAUUUUGUCAUAUUAAGCUCCGAUGAGCUCAUCAAACUUAAGUUCUCAAUGAUGCAGAUAGAUUGCACCCAUACGAAAGGUGGCUUGUGCGUUGAUUCAGUUUUUAUAUAUCCUAAAGGGUACAAGCCUGAGAAGGCGAACAUAGUAUGCAUGUAGUUCUGCACAGUCGGUCGUGUACCUCCAGCAAGCUGGAAAAAGAGGCAAUUCAAAUGCGAAUGGCUAGCAUUUUUAUUGCCCAUUUCUUACCUGGAAGCCCUUUGUAUGUUCUUUUUUUCUUGCAUUCAGAGAGUUUUGCGUGAAUGUAAGGUCUUUCCUGUGUUCUUUGUAGUGUUAGUUAAACAGGUAGAGAAAUAGGGGAGUUUUAGAAACAGGUCAAAUGAAGUAAGAGUCGAGUGCACAGUGCUAGUUUAAAAGAGGCGGUAUAUGCUAUCUGCAUCUGUAAUUUUCAUCACUACAAUGAUGUUUCGAGCUGGAUA